GAGGUUGCAACAUGAUUAAAAAUAAACCCUUGCUGUGCAGAAAGCCCUGAAGACAAACUUUUCUCGUGUGCAUUAAAAAUUGUGGUCGCUAUCGCUUUAAAAACAGUUGGUUUGUGCAGGAAGUCCCACGUCAUGCUCUGACCAAUCAGUGAUCUGCAGUGUUUGAACUCCACCUUCUAGUAUCGGCUCAGCUCGCUUGAACCUUCGAUCAAUGUUGAUAGAACGUUCUUUUGGUACCACAACUUUUGCAAACGGGGAACCAAAGAAGAUCAUCAGAGACACGUGAUUCUUUUGUUUUUGUCUGACUUGUCCCAGUAAACUUGUUGUUGUUCUCCUGUAGAACCGUGAGCCGAUGAUGCCGUCUCCUCAGUUCAUCAAAUCCUACUUCAGCUCGUUCACCGAUGACAUCAUCUCACAGCCGCUGCAGAAGGGGGAGAAGAAGGACGAAGACAAGGACAAAGAGGGCGAGGCGGCCGAAGUCACUGAGAGCUCCGGCUACCUGAAGGCUAAGCAGUACAUGGAGGAGGAGAACUACGACAAAAUCAUCAGUGAAUGCACCAAGGAGAUCGAUUCAGGGGGCCGAUACACUGCAGAGGCCCUGCUGCUGAGGGCCACGUUCUACCUGCUGAUUGGAAACGCUACUGCUGCUCAACCCGACCUGGACCGGGUGAUCAACAUGCAGGACGCCAAUGUGAAGCUACGAGCCAACGCUCUGAUCAAGCGGGGGAGCAUGUACAUGCAGCAGCAGCAGCCUAUGCUCUCCACACAAGACUUCAACAUGGCAGCCAAGAUUGACACAAGCAACCCCGACGUCUAUCACCACAGGGGCCAGCUGAAAAUCCUGCUGGACCAGGUGGACGAAGCCGUGGGAGACUUUGACGAGUGCAUCCUGCUGAGGCCCGACUCUGCUCUCGCUCAGGCUCAGAAAUGUUUCGCUCUGUACAGACAAGCGUAUACUGGAAACAACCCGUCUCAAGUGCAGACGGCCAUGGACGGCUUCGAGGCCGUCAUCAGAAGGUUCCCCAAGUGUGCAGAGGGCUACGCUCUUUAUGCUCAGGCUUUGACUGAUCAGCAGCAGUUUGGAAAAGCAGACGAGAUGUACGACAAGUGCAUUGAACUGGAACCAGACAACGCUACCACAUACGUCCACAAGGGGUAGGCCGUGUUUCUGUGUUUAGUAGACGUGCGACAUUUCACAAAGCUCACAGUUCAGGUCGUAUCACGGUUUUCAGUCACGGAUCAUAUAUGACUUUUAGAGACGCUCCGAUCACAUGUUUUUGAUGUCAUAACUGAUCACAAUGAGCCGUCAAAU